AUGUUUAUUUUUGUGUUUGUUUUCUCAUCAUUUCUUACUCCUCCUCCUUUUAAUCCCGAUUUUCUUUUUCUUUCCUCCUCUCUUUUUCUCUUAAUCUCAAUGUUCUUGCUUUUCUUCUCCCUUCAUUUCUUACUUCUCAUUUUACUCCAGAUUAUUUUUUUCAACUCCUCUUCUCUUUUGCUCUUGAUAUUCCUCCACUCUUUUUCUCUUGAUAUCUAUUUUCUUGGUUUUCUUCUCCCUUCAUUUCUUAAUCCUCCUCCUCCUUUUCACUCUUUUCUACUUCUUCUCUCUUUUUUUCUUGAUAUCUAUUUUCUUAGCUUUUUUCGCAUCAUUUCUUUCUUCUCCUCCUCCUUCUCUUCCAGAUUCUCCCAGUUCCAAGAAGAAAAAGAAAAGAAAAACAUAUCUAUUUUCUUAGAAAUUCACCCUUUGUUUCUUACUCCUCCUCCUUUUAAUCCUUUUCUCUCUCUCUCUCCCUUGCGUGUUUUCUAA